AUGACCACUGUAGAGGCUAACAUGGAUGAAAAACCUGAAGCGGAGAGAAUGACCAGUGCUAAGAAGGGGAGAGAAGAGAUUCCUACAUUCACACAUUCUGAGGCCAUGAGCACUGCCCAAGACAUGAUCACUGGCCUCAUUAUGAAUGACCCUUUACUUCAUGACCUUGACCCUCAUGUAACCUUGGAGGAAGUGAACUCCAUGAUAGCUUUAGAAUAUGGUCAAGCAAUGGUGGUCAACGUACGGCGAAUGGACGGCGAAAUUGUUCCAAUAGUAGUUACUCAGAAAGCAAGAGUCAUUGAUCUCAAGCAUGCCAUAAAACGCCAUUUCACACUUCGACAGAUGAGAACAGGGGGCAGCACUCACAUCAGCUGGAGGUACAUAUGGAAACGCUAUUGGCUAAGCUUUAAUGGUGAAAAGCUGGCAGAUGACAAUAAGAAACUGAAAAGUUAUGGAAUUCGAAAUCGGGACUCUGUGACUUUUAUUAAAAGACUUCGUGAGAAAUGA